AUGCUGUGGAUUGUCAUUGUAUCGGGAAUUGUUUCGUUUAUACUCUCAUGUGGAAUGGGAGCCAACGAUGUGGCCAAUUCAUUUGGAACGAUUGUGGGAAGCAAAACUUUGAGUUUGAAAUGGUCCAUUGUCAUUGCAAGUAUAUUUGAAUUUUUAGGAGCUAUGGUCAUGGGUGAUUACGUCAGCGGAACAUUACGAAAAGGCAUCAUUGUUGAAGGUUACUUCCGACCUGGUGAGGAAAACAUUUACAUGAUCGGAAUGAUGUGUGUCUUGCUAGGACCAACCGCAUGGCUCAUUCUCUCCACAUAUUUAUCUCUCCCAGUCUCUACCACUCACAGUGUGGUAGGUGGAAUUGUUGGUUUUGUUAUUGCCUUAAAAGGAUAUAAAGCCAUUCAAUGGAUGAGCAUUGGAAAGAUAGCCUUAUCGUGGGUAGUGAGUCCAUUGUUGGGAGGAUUGGCUUCGGCUCCGUUAUAUUUUUUUAUUAAGAAGGUCAUUUUGAGAGGAAAUGUGGAGAAGAGAACAUUAAUUUUCUUUCCAUUCAUUACGGCAAUUACUGUGACCAUGGUCUUUGGUUCACUCUUCAUCAUGGGUUCCCCAGCUCUCUAUCUCGACAAGGUUCCACUCGAAGCAUCCAUUCCAACCACCAUUGGAGUGGGUCUUGUUUGUGGAAUUGUUUGUGCAUGUCUCAUUCCACUCAUUAAGAGACAAUUACAUAAAUUAGCCAUUAAGAGAGCUCUACAAAAACAACAAGAAUUAUCGAAUCAGGAUGGAACGAUUGAAAACAAUAUUGAAAUAUUGAAUACGAACAUGCCAGUUUCUCAAUCUCAACAAGAAUUAACAACCAACAACGACGCCGUUCCAUUGUUGGAUCAACAUGAAGUAGAAUUAAAUUCACAGUUGAAAUAUUCUUCGACCCAUGCAGAAGACGCUCCAAUGAUGGAAAAUGUUGAAGAACCACAACAACAACAACAUGAGAAUCUUACUUUGAAUGCAAUGAAUGAACAAACAAUGGAAGAAAAAACUCAAUAUUUUGAAACUCAUGAAAUGCCUUUGGAAACUCAAAAAGAGAAUUCGAAUAUUAUUUAUAGAGGAUUAAUGAUUUUUUGUGCUGCUUUGACAAGUUUUUCACAUGGAGCGAAUGAUGUUUCCAAUGCUGUGGGUCCUUUCAGUGCCAUCUUUUCAGUGUAUAUUCAAGGAAAUUUACAGAUUGGAGCUUUCAUUCCUUAUUGGAUUCUCUUGAUUGGUGCUGUGGGAAUUGUGGUUGGAUUAAUUUUAUUUGGUUCACGAGUCAUCAAAACUGUUGGAAAUGGAUUGAAUAAGAAACAAUUGGUUCCUUCUCAAGGUUUUUCAAGUCAAUUAUGUGGAGCUUCAUUUGUAUUAAUUGCAUCCAAGUUGGGAAUUCCUGUCUCAACCACCAAUGCUCUAGUAGGUGCAGUCAUUGGAGUUGGUAUUGUGGAAGACUUUGGAGGUGUUAAAUGGAAAUUAUUAGGAGAAGUUGUGAUUGGAUGGGUUACAACAUUACCAGUUUCGGCCAUGCUGUCAGCUGCCCUCUUCUCGUUUUUUAAAUGGACAGUGUUAUAA